AUCCGUAAGCGACGCAGUCGUUCGCGGAUCUUCGCACCAGGUGGAUCUGCCUCGCCGCGUGUAUCCUAAUAAAUUAAACAGAAUCUAUUUAUAAAUCGGUACGUCGGUUUUGCUGCAGAUCUCGCGCCGAUUAAUUACAAUUUCCCGCGCGAGAAUUAAUUGAAUCGCCGCCUCAGUCGGGAUCUUACUGACACGCGUUGCGCCGAGUUGCUACACUUAUUGAAACAGAGUUUAUGAAGUCGAUUUGAUGAGACGUCGCUGGAGGACCCUUUUCGAGUAUGAACACGCAGGCUGAGAGUAUCCUGGCGUUCUUGUACUCGGCCUCCUUGGUCCUUUCCGUGACGUCGGCGGUUUCGCUGGUGGUAGCUUGGCAGCAUUGGUCUUGGACCCUGGACGUGUGCAUAAACAUUGACUGCGGAUGCAUUCUAUACGGAGUCAACACGUUUAGCACCUUCAUGGGUGGAGACGCGAAGCUGUGCCACUUCGGAGUCUCCGGACUCGCUCCUGCGGCGUUCUUCGGAUUGUGCUUAGGGGGUUACCACGGGUACAGGGUCUGCAUCGACAAAGGCCCGGAGGAACCUCGAAGAGCGUCAAGAGCGGUCGUUUUUCACGACAGAAUCACUCGAGGAGACGUGGUCGUCAUCGGACCGAAGCGAAGAAGUCCUUUCAAACAAUGGAUGUCUGCAGCGUUCCUUGGGGCCUUGAUCGGCUGCUUGUCUCUCGCCCAUGCCGUUGUUCUGACCGAUGGAUACUACAAAACCUGCGAACAGUAUAAGAGGAACCUGGUGCAAUUGUUGGGCUCCAGAGGACGCGAGAUCCAGGUUAUACAUAAUCGCCUCUCCUGUGGAGCCGUCCUCGAUUUUAUGGACUACCUUCAACCGGACGCCAACAAUUGGAGGAGAGGGGACGAGAUUAACACAGGACUGGCUUUGCAAUUGGCGAUUGUCGCGUCGUGGUUCAACUUUUUCGCCUGGGCUGCUUCCGUCGUAGUAAAUGCGAUCAUGGCCAGGCGGAGAGUCAGGGACUCGGGCGAGAAACUCUGUUGCUUCUGUUAGGCCACCUAGAAAAAAAAAAAAAGAAACAAUCGUGUUAACGAGAAAAAAGCUUGCAAAAGUUUUGCUUACUUGAAAUCGUACCAUUUU